CAGGAGCUCACUCGGGAAGAAUUGCUUCACCAAAUGCUGGCAAUUCCACGCAGAUACUAUACGUUGAGCCGAACUUUACGGAAACUCCUACUCUGUUGUCCGUUCCAAGAGAGGGCAAAGUGCCCCGCCUCCUGGAAAAGAUCCUGCAAUGUUGCAUGAUGCGUUAAAUAAAGUCAUUAUCGCUGCCCAAACGCUUCUGGUGGAAUAUGAAAGAGGCGGUCGUAAGGGCCGUAAGGGAUGCGGUGCGGGUUGUCGAUGCAAGGCGCGUAAUAUAAAACCUCAAUCGCGUAAUGUCCAAUUGGAGGUUACAGCAAAGUUUGCCGCAAGUAAAACGAGUAGCUCUACAAAUAUUCAUAUUGAUCCGAUUACAUUUACAAUACCAAUGAAAUUGCAUUUGCAAAGCCAACAACAACACGACGAACCCUUUUCGGAGUCUCAACAGUCAUUUAAAGCGAGCGAACCGAUGCCGAUGCACUACCGCGACCAGAUGCCAAAAGUGGGUUCUUCGAUGGAACCAAUACGCACUGCAACAAUAAUGGCCCCACACACUGAAGUGAGCUGUAUACCAAUGGAAGGACCUGGACAAGCAUUUGAUUUGCAUGCGGCUCUGUUGCAGCAAAUGACAGUCGUCCAAGCUGGUUUCAUGCCAUUUCCUUUCAAAGGUGACGAUGACUUGCCAAAGGAAGCACCUCCCACUCAAGGGACUUCGUCGAAAGUGACAAUACAAGCACCUGCAACUGCUUUGGUCUCGACAACGAAAAAAUUAUGUGGUGAAGUUUGCACAAUCGAAAGCCUGCAAACCCCCUCGGUUGACCCAUUCUUAACACCAUCUUUGGCACCUGUGACUAAGGGACCGUUUUUGGCCACAAUUGCAGCAUCAUCGGUGCCAUCUGUAGCUGUAUCGAAGGAACAGCAACUGCCGGAGUCUGCAAGCCGAGGCGUGUGCGCAUUAUGCGGAAAAGGGGGUGAAAAUUCGAAUAUGCAACCACAAUCCGCUAAUAGAACUCCAUGUAGAAUGUGCUCGAAGGGAAAGUCCGUACCGCCUCACCCACUCAAAUUUCCAUCACAGUCGCAGAAAAUUGGGUGCGGAAAGUGCUCAAAAGGACAAGUAUCUCCUGCAGAGCUGAUGCCGCCAAUGCCAAAAUUGAUUGAACCGGGUAUUGCAGCAGAUGCCGAACCUAAUAUGGAAACAAAAGCUUCAAAACGCCUAUGCAAUAUUAGCUCCUUGCCACCCCUUUCAGAACAAAAGGAACCAUUAUUGAAAAGCUCAUGUGGUAUAAUUUGCAGCAAAACAUCAUCUACACCAUUUCCUAAGGAACGUGGCAUUAGUCAAGAGCAACAGGCUUUAAAACCUCCGCCACCUCCACCGCUACUGGAACCGUUGACGAAUGUGAAAAGAACUUGUGGCAUUUGCUCAAAGAAACAGACAGUAUCUCAAGAUGUGCCUCCUGUAACGAAAGAGUUAUCGGAAGGUUUAAUGUCCACUAUGAGCGCACCGUCAGUUCUAUCUCAAAUAAAACCUUGCAAUGUUUGCACCAAAACCGCAGGGCUUCCCAGAAGUCAACAACAAGCAGAGUUAGACGAUUCCGCUGAAAAUAAAACAAAUCCAUGUGGAGUUUGCACUAAGCGUAUUUGCUGUAGUUGUUCACGAGGAGUGGCUGGAUCAAUGACUAACGCGCCUGCCUCAAUAGAAUUUGAAAAAGGACCAUCUGGCAUUUGUUCACAAGGAGCACCCAUAAAUGUAUCAGAAGAAAAAGGUGCUUGUGGAGUUUGUUCAAGAGCGGCACCCGCCCCAAUGCAAGCCGAAAAAGGACCGUGUGGUAUUUGCUCCAGAGGAGCGGCUCCACUUGCAAUAGAGGAAAAAGGACCAUGUGGUAUUUGCUCCAGAGGAGCGGCUCCACUUGCAAUAGAGGAAAAAGGACCAUGUGGUAUUUGUUCCCGACGUGCGUCCAAGAGUAUGACAGAGGAAAAGGGUCCUUGUGGAAUUUGCUUAAGAGCGACAGUUGCCCCAAUUCAAGCCGAGAAAGGACCAUGCGGGGUUUGCUCCAGAGGGGCGGCUUCAGUCGUCACAGAAGAAAAAGGGCCAUGUAUUUGUUCCCUACAAGCUCCCAAGACUAUGGUAGAAGAAAAAGGUCCUUGUGGAGUUUGUUCAAGAGCGGCAGCCGCCCCAAUUCAACCCGAAAAAGGACCAUGCGGGGUUUGCUCCAGAGGAGCGGCUCCAGUCGGAAUGGAAGAAAGAGGGCCAUGUAUUUGUUCUCUACAAGCUCCCAAGACUAUGGUAGAAGAAAAAGGUUCUUGUGGAGUUUGUUCAAGAGCGGCAGCCGCCACAAUGCAAGCCGAGAAAGGACCUUGCGGAGUUUGCUCCAGAGGAGCGGCUCCAAGUGCAGUAGAGGAAAAAGGACCAUGUGGUAUUUGCUCCAGAGGAGCGGCUCCACUUGCAAUAGAGGAAAAAGGACCAUGUGGUAUUUGUUCCCGACGAGCGUCCAAGAGUAUGACAGAGGAAAAGGGUCCUUGUGGAAUUUGCUCAAGAGCAACAGCGACCCCAAUGCAAGCCGAUAAAGGACCAUGUGGGAUUUGCUCCAGAGGAGUGACUCCAGGUGGAGUAGAAGAAAAAGGACCAUGUGGUAUUUGUUCCCGACGAGCGCCCAAGUGUAUGGCAGAAGAAAAAGGUGCUUGUGCAAUUUCUUCAAGACCAACAGCCGAGAAAGGACCCUGUGGGAUUUGCUCCAAACGAAAGGGGGAGAGAAAACCUUGUGGAGUUUGUUUAAGGGGUCCCACUUCACCGAACCAAGAAAUAAAAGGCCCUUGCACUAUUUGCAAGAAGAGUCCAACACCCGCCGUAUCGGCUGAAGCGCAAAGCCUCUGUGUCAUUUGCAAAAAAAUUCAAGUCCCAGAAGAGCUAUCGAAAAUAGCAACAUGUAGCAUUUGCAGCAAACCCAUAUCCCCUGACACAGCAUCCGUCAAUAUUCAACCAUGUGGGCAGUGCGGCAGUGUUGGAGCACCCUGUGGAAUGUGUGCUCCAGAUGCUUCAGAAAGUGAAAAUGCUAAAGAGCCAGUGCCGGUCAGUCAAACCAAGUAUUACAAAGCAUUGCCGCAGCACAAAGAUAUUCACAUUUGCUCGCCAUGCCGCUACGAUCCCAGUCCACUGAUGGAUGAAGAGGGAAAUGUUUUUUGCCCUCACAACUGUGGCUGCUGUCUAUGUCCUUGGCGGAAACGAGCCACCGAUAGCCAAAUCGAGCAAGUCAAACAUGAAAAAAUCAAGGUAUGCAAAUGUCGCAUGCGAGGAUCCAUAUUCUCUGACUACACAUCACGCGCUAAAUGCAGCAAUACAUCCUAUUUCGAUUGCUGCCCCUGUCGCGAAAAAGCGGAGGCAAAGUAUUUGGAAAUUACUGGCGAAGAGAUGUGGAGUGUCAACGAAAGGAUGGGAGCACGAAUACGCGGCGAACCCGUAAAUCUGGAAGAUGUUGUCGAAUACAAGCGCGAUGUGUAACGUAGAUUUAUUUGUUGUUGAUGUUUGUAAAGGGCAUUAGCCGUUAGUGAGUAUCUCAGUGAUGCCCGAAUUGGCAAUUGAUGAAUUCAGAAUGACAAAGAUGUACAAAUGUAAAUAUACAUACGUACUUUUGUGCAUAGAAAUGUUGCAGUAAAGAGUACAACAAAAUCAGUGAAGACAUUGUAAAUGUGAAGUUAAAUAAAUUGAUUGAAUAAGGAUCUUUUGAAAAGAAACACAAGAACGAUUUUUAAUUCAAAUAAUUCGUUUUAAGAUCCAUGCGGGUGCUUAGCCUUCACCUUGUCACUGCUUACAUACAAAUUUUAAGAUUUUAAUGCACACCAGAAAUAAGAGGAUGAGCUCGACCAAACACCCAAUAAAGGGUGUAAGAGCCGAUUAUAUAUGCAGGAUACGUACGGUAUUUCAGGAAAAUUUCAGCGUAGAACUAUAUAAACUUUUAGUUCGAAAUUAUGAAGAAAAUUUAAUGAAACCACGAAAAUUUGAACAAUAUUAACUUGUUAUAUAUCCAUAAAGCGUUCAGUAGAAUUUCAAUUAGCUGCAAUAACCUACUCGUUCCGGGUCCGGAAACGAUUGCAUGCCCGAAUCAAAUGCUCACAACACCUAAACCCCUAACGGUGGCUGGAAACUGCGUGUGCAUGACAACAGACAGGAAAUCCUAUAGGAAAAAAUAGGAAAAUAGGCAGCUGUCAUUUCUGCGCUCGGUCUUUUGGUCCUUUUAUUUCUUGGUUCGGUGAAGUGGGACUCCUUAAACAAACUCCACAAGGUUUUCUUUCCCCUUUCCUUUGGAGCAAAUCCCUCAGGGUUCUUUUUCGGUUGCUGCUCUUGAAGAAGUUCCACAAGAACUUUUUUCUUCUGCCAUACACUUGGGCGGCACAAAAGGCUUUUUAAUUGAUUACAAAGUUGUCAUGUU